AACCGACACACUUCGGACAGCUGCUGGAGCCACUGAAGGAAUCCAGAAGUUACCCAGAGCCAAGUUCACAAAGCGUGAAAGAAGGAGGAGUUGUGAGUUUUUGGAAACAAGGAAGGCUAACAGCCACAGAAUAUUGAGCUCGGUGCCACGGGAGGAGCCUCCAAACAGGACAACAUGGACGACAUGACGGUGGAAGAGAUUGCCAUUAGGUCCAACCAAGUGACUGAUGAGUCACUGGAAAGCACACGGAGGAUGCUGCGCAUGGCAGAGGAGAGCAAAGAGACCGGUGUCAACACCAUGGUGAUGUUGGACCAGCAAGGAGAGCAGCUGAAGCGUGUGGAGGAGGGCAUGGACCAGAUCAACGAUGACAUGAAGCAGGCUGAGAAAAACCUGACUGAUCUCUCAAAGUGCUGCGGCCUCUGUGUGUGCCCCUGUGACAGGGUGACGUCCAUCGAGCACGAUUCAAACUACAAGCGCACCUGGGGUUUUGGAGGAAGUGACGGUCAAGCUGACGGUUCAAAAGUAGUCUCAAGGCAGCCGUCAGGAGUUCGCAACGGCCAGGCCGGCCAGAUGAACGCCCCGGAACCCUCAGGUCCAUACAUCAAGAGGAUAACCAACGAUGCCCGCGAGGAUGAGAUGGAGGAGAAUCUGGAUGCAGUCGGCAGCAUCAUUGGCAACCUGAAAAAUAUGGCUGUGGACAUGGGCAGCGAGAUAGACAAACAGAACAAACAGAUUGACCGUAUCACUGAUAAGGCGGACAUGAACAAAGUUCGCAUCGAUGAAGCAAACACGAGAGCCAACAAGCUUAUCAAGUAGACAAUGAAUUCUUCUACUGCCAGUUUUAUCCAUCAACAUUGAGCCUCUGUCAUCACACAGACACAUACACCUACACACGCACACACACACAUACACAGUCUACUUGUAUGCAUGCACACAAACACACACUCUGACGAAAAAAAAUAAAAGAAAUUCAGUCAGGAAAGAAUGUCUUUGCCAGCAGUGUGCUAACCUUUUCCUGCACUAAUAUGUAAAUAGAAUACAUUCAUACAUUUUACAAAUUGGCCCCUCGCUGUCAAACACCAACACACUUUGCCACAUGUAUUAAUAGUCAUGCUGGAUUUUGAGAAGCAGUGUGGGAAUCAGAAACUGCACCAAAGAGGAAAGUGCCUGACUGCCUUUUCACUGCUGUUAAAAACCAAAUAUGUACCAGGUCUGUUUUGUAUCAUAUCUCAUCAUUCAUUGGAAGAGAAGAAGCACAGGUCAGCUGAUUUUCUUUCUGAGUUUCUCUGUUUUGCCUUUUAAGAACUAUGAACUACAUCUGUUAUGAUUAGAUCUGAUUAGAAUUGGUCAGCUACACCUAGAUUAAUCUUAAAUCACCGACUUUGGCCGGAAAAAAAUGCAUCUUAGUCAAAUCCUUAUUGGUUUAAUAUGUAAUUAAGUUUAUUGUAUCGUGUAUAUUGUUGAGAUGAUAUACUUAUUUAAUUCUUUAUCAAGCAGAAAUUACUUGCGAAUAAAGUUGUCUUUUUUAA